AGAUAGACAUUUUUGACUGGCAAAACUUUAAGUUGGGUGAAUAUCAUCUGAGGACAAAACGAAUGUAGUAGUACAACACUCAAUUGAAUUUAAAAGGCGUUUCAAAUGUAUUCCGCACGGCGUAGUGCGUCGUCAACUAUACGAACGAUAGCAGACGUGAGAGACAGUCUGAUCAAGGCUUCCGGAAUGACUGAAAAAUGGAACAUAUCCGAACCCCAUCGGAGAGUCAAGAUCCUCAACCCCAUUGCAGACAGAUCUCUUCUGGAACCACAACCCGUCUCCAGCUCGAGAUGCCAAUUUAUCAUUCCAGUUAAGUCUGAUCUGGAACUGAGGGAGAAGUAUGUGAAUGUUCAUGGGAGAGUGAGGAUAGGGAAACUGCUGGAAGAUCUCGAUUACGGGGCUGUCAUUGCAGGAUACAAGCACAACAAACGUGAAAAUGAAGACCAAACCUACUCGCUUUCAUUGGUCACGGCUGCGGUCGAUCAGAUGAUGAUCCACGAGCCAGACACAAUACCAGAUGAUGGAGACCUGCAACUACAUGCUCACGUAAGCUGGGUUGGCAGCUCCUCAAUAGAAGUCACCGAAAGCAUCCUUCAAAACGACACCAUCAUCCUAAACGCCAAGUUUCUGAUCGUAGCCAGACAUUCCAGAGAGGAUAGAGCGGUUCCAGUCAAUGAAUUAAUAUUAGAAACGGAAAGAGAGAGGGCUGAUUUUGCGGCGGGCGAAGAAGCCAAGAAAAUGCGAAAAGAAUAUGCGAAGUCUAGCCUUUUGAAUGCGCCCCCAGACGUCGAAGAAUCACACUUGAUUCACGAGAUCUUCAAAAGCAGUAUAAACAUGUCACAACGUACGUUCAAAAGGUUAUCAAAGUCCGACUCAGAUAUAUGGAUGUCAGAUUCGGAUGCUCACUUAAAGUCUUCCAUUCUGUGUUUUCCUGAGCAAAGGAAUCUGUAUAAUAAAAUAUUCGGUGGUUACGUGAUGCGAAAGGCGUUAGAACAUAGUAAAAGCAACGCACUAAUUUUCAGUAAAUGUGAUGUACAUCCCGUGUUUAUUGACGAUAUUUCGUUCAGAAGACCAGUUUCUAUCGGCGAUCUGUUCUUCUUGUCUUCUCAAGUCUGCUACACAGAAGAUAAUUUGAUGAUGCUAAGAUGUCACGCUGAGGUCAAAAACCCAACCACUGGGUUCCAAGAAACAAGCAACGAGUUCUACUUCGUGUUCGGAGCAGUGGACCAGAAUCGGUCUCCAUUGAAGGUUCCCGAGGUGAAACCAAGAAGCUACGCAGAGUAUAUGUUGUACCUCGAUGGGCGAAGGAGGUUCAAAAGGUUCAAAGAAUUCCUCAAACGCUAUCAUAAACCGUCAUCUCGAAUGUAAACCCAACUGCAACAGACUUGAUUGACUCAUUAGAACCAUUAAAAAUGGAUAAAUGUGUAUUGCGCUUGAAUGUUUAAGCUGCAUUUCAAUGAAUUUUAAAUUGUAAUUAACAAUGACAGGACACCUA